AUGGCACAAACUCCACAACAGCGCAAGGCGAAUGACAAAUACGCGAAAAGUGAGGCUGCAAAGCGAGGCAAAGGAGCAACAACAACAGUCCGGCCGAAACAGAGCACAAAAUCCCCAGUGUCUGCUGGCUGGGUGGUACUUCUUGCAUUUGUGAUUUUUGGUGGAUUGGCCUUUGAACUCCUAAGGAUUGUUCCAGAGAUUUGGUCAACUAUUGUCUCGAUGUUUAAUCGCCUGGCUUUCUAG